CCGGAACCCAGCGGCUGGUGUGAGCAAGUCGGGCAAGAGAGCCGCUUCCAGGAUCUGGAGAUCCGGAGAAGCCGGGGAUAGGAACGGCUCCUCAAGUGUUGUUGAUUUAUGAAAUGGCAGAGAAUGGAAAAAAUUGUGACCAGAGACGUGUAGCAAUGAACAAGGAGCAAUAUAAUGGAAAUUUCACAGAUUCCUCUUCUCUGAAUGAAAAGAAGAGGAGGGAUCGAGAAGAAAGACAGAAUAUUGUCCUGUGGAGACAGCCACUUAUUACCUUGCAGUAUUUUUCUCUGGAAACCCUAGUAAUCUUGAAGGAGUGGACCUCAAAAUUGUGGCAUCGUCAAAGCAUUGUGGUGUCAUUUUUACUGCUGCUUGCUGCACUCAUAGCUACGUAUUAUGUUGAAGGAGCUCAUCAACAGUAUGUGAAACGUAUAGAGAAACAAUUUCUUUUAUAUGCCUACUGGAUAGGCUUAGGAAUUUUGUCUUCUGUUGGGCUUGGAACAGGACUGCACACCUUUCUACUUUAUCUGGGACCACAUAUAGCUUCGGUGACAUUAGCCGCUUAUGAAUGCAAUUCAGUCAAUUUCCCUGAACCACCCUAUCCUGAUCAGAUUAUUUGCCCUGAUGAAGAGGGCACUGAAGGAGCAGUUACUUUGUGGAGAAUCAUCUCUAAAGUUAGAAUUGAGGCCUGCAUGUGGGGUGUUGGCACAGCCAUCGGAGAACUGCCUCCAUAUUUCAUGGCCCGGGCAGCUCGCCUCUCUGGUGCUGAACCAGAUGAUGAAGAAUAUCAGGAAUUCGAAGAGAUGCUGGAAAAUGCAGAGACAGCACAAGACUUUCCGACCCGGGCUAAAUUGGCUGUUCAAAACCUAAUACAGAAGGUUGGAUUUUUUGGAAUUCUGGCCUGUGCAUCAAUUCCAAAUCCUCUAUUUGAUCUGGCUGGAAUAACAUGUGGACACUUCCUUGUACCUUUUUGGACUUUCUUUGGAGCAACUCUCAUUGGAAAAGCAAUAAUUAAAAUGCAUAUACAGAAAAUCUUCGUUAUAAUAACAUUCAGCAAACACAUCGUAGAGCAGAUGGUGGCUUUCAUUGGUGCUGUCCCAGGCAUUGGUCCGUCUCUGCAGAAGCCAUUCCAGGAGUACCUGGAAGCCCAGCGGCAGAAGCUUCACCACAGAAACGAAAUGGGCACCUCACAGGGAGAAAACUGGUUAUCCUGGAUGUUUGAGAAGUUGGUGGUUGUAAUGGUGUUUUACUUCAUCUUGUCCAUCAUUAAUUCUAUGGCACAAAGUUAUGCCAAACGAAUCCAGCAGCAGGUGGACUCCGAGGAGAAAACGAAAUAAGCAGGAAAGGUUUUACAGCAGAAUUAGGAUGGAUGGGUUCUACCUGAAGUUGGGAGAUCCCCACAGGAAGCAGGAAAAUUCCCUUUUCCAACCUGUAUAAAAAUGUUUCUUUUAAUUUUCUGAAAGCAAUUUAGUCCCUAUUUUGCACUCACAUGCUUUUCUUCGAUGUGCUAAGUAAGGUAAGAUUCACCCUCAGUUCAGUCUGAAUUCUAUUUUUACUAGGGUGGAUUGUGAUACUCAGCAUCAAAUCUAACAGAAACUGGCCUAUUUGUCCCUUUUAAAAGACCCACACACUACAAUUAAAGAGCUCCAGAUCCCUCCCACCCGCCAAAAAAAAAAAAAGUUCUAGGUAUAUUAACUUUGUCAAGCUUUUUUAGGCUUGUCACAAAUGACUGCUUUGUUUUUCUAAAUCAAUAAAUUGUAUAUAAGUUAUACUAGAUUAACAGUCUUGCAUGUCUAUCAUGGUAAAAUUUAAUAUCACCCUACCCAACUCUUCCUCUUCCACCUGAAACAAAAGGAAAAGGGCCAUUUUGAGAUGCAUUGCACAUUCUCCUGGGAAAUGGAUCUUUAAAUUUUGAAACAGUAUCAAGAAAAUAUGAUUGGUGUCUCACAAAUUAGUUGACACCAUUUUUUAUUCUGUAUAUUUAGGAUGAAGUCAUGGAAAAACUUUAUAAAUACAUCUUUGAUCAUUCCAAAAUUGUGUUCGUUUUCUUGAGCGUUUUGGUUCUCACUUCCCUGUAGCUUCUACCAACUGAUUUGGAGUGUUGCCAAAUCCACGUAUAGUCAUAACUUGUGAAGCCAUUUGUGUGAAAGCAUUUUGGGGUAAAAGAGGUAUGGCUCUGGAAUUGGGCAACUAGCUACACAUACUGCUGAAAUAGCACCUUUGGGAUUGGUGUAACAAGGGUUUUUCUUAGUUUGUGAAAACAGUUAAGAGGAUAAUAUAGAAAUCAUAUGAUACUAUAGAAAGACUCAUUUUUUAUCAUGUUUUCUCAUCUGUUUAUUUUAGCUCAGUCUGUACUUUGAUUUUAACUGACAAAAGCGUACUUUGUGUGACCUAAGUUACUUACCUUUAUUUAGUGUGUUUGUUCUUAUGUAUUGUUUUGUUUGGGGGAUAUUUCUGGUUGAAUUCAGUCUUUUUUUCUUUCAGCUUUCAAGGAAAAUUAAGUUUUAUGUUUUUUCUUUAGGAAAAUGGGUCCUAACAUUAAGUUGAACAUAGUAUUGGGCUUGAAUCUCAACCAGAAAUGCCUAAUUUGUUUUAUCAAAUCCUACCUGCAUGCCUGCUUAAAAUGUCUCUCAUCAUGACAUCUCCAUGGUUGUACCAUCUUGUCAGGUAGCUUAUCAGAUUGAUGUUGACUGUUGAAUCUCAUGGCAACAGCAGUCGAUGGGCUGUCUGACAUUUUGGUAUCUUUCAUCUGACCAUCCAUGUCCAAUGUUCACAUUAAAUAUUACCCAGCAUCUGACUUACAAUUUUAAAAUUCUGGUUCUUGUGUCCAGUCACACUUUGACUCUUUGUGCCAUGAUAUUGAAGCAAUACUGAAUUGAGAAGAUUUUAUAAAAAUUUAGAAGCUUCUAUAACACCACUGAAUAAAUAGCAAGUAGCCUGCAUUAUAGUUUUAAAAAGUUAUUCCUUCCUUAAUGAUUUUGUUUCUGUCCAGAACUUUUUAUGAUCAUGACUGUUGCCUUACUUACAUGCAGCACUCAAAUGUUUUAUUAGAGAAGUCAGCUUCUAGUUGUGUUUCAACUUCUUCACCAGCAUUUUAUUUGGUGUUUGAAGAAAGGAAAACAAAUAUGCACAUUGUACUGUUUGCACUAAUGCUUUGGACUUUAUUGAUAACUUUCUUUCAUCAUAGGUUAUUCACAAAUUAAAUUUUUUCUUAGGCUAAAGAGCUAAGUGAUUAAUUCAGUUAACUUAUGAUGUUGUUGGGGGUUUUUUUCCCCCUCAUUCAAAUGAGUAUGCUUUAAAAAAUUAUAGAUUGUUCUCCUCAGCUCUUCCUUUAAGUGUUCAAGUUCAUUUAAUGGCAGUCUCACUCCAUGGUUCCGGUGGCAGCAGUCGGCGAUACCUCUGUUCCAGUGCUUUUACUAAAAAUUCUUGUAUCUACUAUAGUUCAAGCACAUAACCUAAUAGAAUUCCAGAUGAUGGGAGACCAAAACAUUUGUAAGUGGAUGGUUUAACAUUAUUGCAAAUAAAAAAGGGCCUGGGAA